AUGGAAGUCGUCCCGGGCGACUGCCACACGGCGGACGGCGCCGCGCAGGCACCCACCGAGGAUGCCCGGCCCGCCUUGAAGAUGCCGCGGCCGCAGUUCUCCGUAGACAAGCGGGCCGUGCGGGGAGAGGACGUGGUGUUCGUCCGGGAGGCGUUCGCUGAGACGGAGGGCGGGGAGGAGUGGUCGCUGUACUGCAUCUGCGACGGCCACGGCGGCGCGGGGACGGCUGCAUUCGUGCGCGCCCACCUGCGCAAGAUCCUCGGGCCGCUGGUGCCCAAGACGCCCCUGCCCCGCCUUGGGAGCGAAGGUGGGGCCCCUGAACUGGCCGUACUGCCUGCCAAAUUAGGGCCGCGUGGGCCGGCCGUCCAGUAA